AUGACUGCUGGUUCAAUAUCUGCUCCGUCAAUAAUUCCAUUACGUGUUGGAUAUACACAAAAAUUUUCCAUUGAUACAAAUACAUUGAUUGAAAUACGUAGUGAUACAAAUGAUGUUGAUAUUUAUUAUACAUUAGAUGGUUCAAAACCAGAUGCAUUUAUAACAUUAGCAACACGACGUUCGACUAUACAAUAUAAAAAAAAACCAUUUUAUAUACCAAGAGAUAUAGCUAAUGCAGGCAUCACGUGA